UUCAAAAGCGUGACGAGAAUUCUCAACUCGAAAUGUUAGAAGGUGCAAAAUCAAUAGGUGCCGGAGCUGCUACAAUUGCUUUAGCGGGAGCUGCUAUCGGUAUUGGAAACGUCCUUAGUUCCUCGAUUCAUUCCGUAGCUAGAAAUCCAUCAUUAGCUAAACAAUUAUUUGGUUAUGCCAUUUUGGGCUUUGCUCUAACCGAAGCUAUUGCAUCGUUUGCCCCAAUGAUGGCCUUUUUGAUCUCAUCCGUAUUCCGAUCGAAGAAAAAAGGUUUCCGUUUCAUAAAGCAACUCUUUCUUUCCAGCCUUACUUACGCAAAUAAAUAGGGGUUGAGGCGCAGUUCUUAAAGAGAAGAAUGGGAUAAGGGAUGAAAAUGAAAGAGAAAAGAGUCGAAUUGGGGAAGGAGGCUAAUCCCCGAAAAUGCCCCGCCCGUAGGUUCCUUUGUCGUUGGGGCUCAAAAUGAA